GGAGAGUACGAGUCGAGCAUCCGACGAGGCCGAAGCCGCGAGCAGGCAGCAGCAGCCGCAGCCAGCACGCAAGCCAGCAACUCUCACAGUGUUUUUAUCGACCGGCGGAGCGAGCGAGCGAGCGAGCGCGGAGCGAGUGCCGAGCAGCAGCAGCAGCAGCAGUGGUGUUUCGUUCCUUGGGGCCGCCAUGCCCCGCGCCCAAGCCAGAUAACACGACGACUGGAGCCGGUCUACCCUUCGUCCCAACCCCCGUCGUUUUCGUUUCAUCCUUCGGACAAUGUACGCGUACGCCGGCCCGCCGCACUACGCGGCUCCGCCGACCUACCUGCCGCCGCAGAUGCCCCCCGUACCUGUGCCCGCACCACCUGUGCCUCAACCGGCAGGACUCUCGCCGCACACCAAACGACGCAGGUCAGAUGAGGAAGACGCCAGUGGCAGCAAAUAUACGCGAAUGGAGGAAGAAAGCAUUCAGGACAAGGAGCGGUUUGCCAGUAGGGAGAACCAUUGCGAAAUCGAGCGCCGGCGCCGCAACAAGAUGACGGCCUACAUCACAGAGCUCUCAGACAUGGUGCCCACGUGCAGCGCCCUCGCACGCAAGCCGGACAAGCUGACCAUCCUGCGCAUGGCCGUUGCCCACAUGAAAGCGCUCAGGGCCGAUGAUGCAGGCACUGGCAACACUAGCACUGACGGCACCUACAAGCCGUCCUUCCUCACCGACCAGGAGCUCAAGCACUUGAUCCUCGAGGCGGCCGACGGCUUCCUCUUUGUCGUCACCUGCGACACCGGACGCGUCAUCUAUGUCUCGGACAGCGUCACGCCCAUCCUCAAUCAGCCCCAGAGCGAAUGGUUCGGCUCGUGCAUCUUCGACCACCUGCACUCGGAGGACGUGGAGAAGGUCAGGGAGCAGCUCAGCACGCAGGAGCCACAGAAUACGGGACGCAUUCUCGACCUCAAAACCGGCACCGUCAAGAAGGAAGGACACCAAUCGUCGAUGCGUCUGUGCAUGGGCUCGAGGCGAGGCUUCAUCUGUCGCAUGAAGGUGGGCAACAUGCCGCCGGACGGGAUGGUGGCGACGCACCUGCACCGGCUAAAGCAGCGCAACUCGCUUGGUCCGUCGCGCGACGGCCAGAACCACGCGGUCGUCCACUGCACCGGCUACAUCAAGAACUGGCCGCCGACCGGCGUGCAGAUGGACCGCAGCGACGAGGACCCCAGCGGCGCCACGCACUGCUGCCUUGUCGCCAUCGGAAGGCUGCAGGUCACCUCCACGCCCAACACCUCAGACCUCACAGGAUCGAAUUCUGCAUCAGAAUUCAUCUCGAGGCAUUCGAUGGAGGGCAAGUUCACUUUCGUGGACCAAAGAGUGAUGGGACUGCUGGGCUACUCUCCGCCCGAGCUGCUCGGCAAAUCCUGUUUUGAGUAUUUCCACCACGAGGAUCAAAACCACAUGAAGGAAAGCUUUGAGCAAGUUUUGAAGCUGAAAGGCCAGGUGUUGUCCGUCAUGUACCGCUUCAGGGCCAAGAACAGAGAGUGGGUCUGGUUACGGACCGCAGCCUUCGCCUUUUUGAACCCCUACACCGACGACGUAGAGUACAUAGUCUGCACCAACACAUCCGCGAAAGCCCUGCAAAACCCUGAAGCUGGGGUGGACGGCGUGGCCGCACCUGCAGCCCCUGAGCCCGUGCCAUAUCAACAACCAGGCUUGGACUACAGCAUGCAACGCCGAGACGUCUACUCAUCGCAUUUGAUUGGAUCACACCUCCAACCGCAACAAGCACAGCAACAGGCCCGUCCAGCGAGUGCGCAGAACAUGUACAGCGGCUACGUGGAGCCAACGGCGUCGCCAGUGGCGUAUGGCUCGCCGCAGCCGGCGGGAGGUUCGGCCAGCUCGGCUUCCGUUCUCAGCAGAAUCGCCAAGACGUCAACCACCAGUCCGACUCCGGCACAGACCGCCUGGAGUCAGCCCCACCUCAGACAGCAACCUGUCACCGAGGGAUAUCAGUACAGCCAAAUCAGCCCGUCACGGUCGCCGAGCGGGCCGACGUACACCCAGCUCAGCACCGGAGUGCGAGGACCACUGCCCCAGACACAGGCUCCCUAUAAUCAUCCAGCCACCACAGCACCCAGUGCGAUGUGGCAGUGGCAAAACUCGAGCCAAGCGUCAGACUCGGGUCCGGGGUCGAGCAGUUCGUCGGCGGGCCCACCGCCGGGUCCGUCGGGCCCCGGGGGUCCGAGCCAGCCGCAGGAGCUCACGGACAUGCUGCAAAUGCUUCAGGACCAGUCAGGCACACCUGGUUUCGAGGAGUUGAACAUGUUCAACACUAGUUUCGAGUGAAGUGCCUGCCCUCCGCCGCCGCCGCAAACUGUUCGCGCCGUCGGCGAAGAGAAAACAAACAAACAAACACGACCCAAGAGAGAGAAGAGCAAAGAAAGAAAUACAGAAGAAAAUCGUAGAUAACUUGCGAGAAGGACCGAAAAACGCGUUUUGUUACAUUAUGUCUUUAGUUGGUGCACUCCAUAACUUUUGUUAAUUAUUAUUAAAACUGCAACGAUUAUAUAGUAAUUAUUAUUAUUUUUACGACUUCAGAGAGAUUUUAUCAUUUGUGAAUAGCUAGAGUUCGUGGUGUAUACAAAUUUUAACCAUGUAGCGUACGCCGCAGUACCACUUACGUGGGCUGCCCCCUUUUUACUCGUAAGAACACGUGUUUCUUUCGUUUUUGCCAUUCGUUUGUGUAUUAUUUGUUUCAUUACGAUUUUUAACGUUAGUGAUCUCCUUGCGGUGGAGUGACGAUCGAAAUAAAAGGAGCAGCAGCAGCGACGACGACACAAAAGUGUGCUUUGGUUUCCGAUAAUAAAAUGAUAGACGAACUCGUUAGGUCACAUAUCACAGAGAGAACCAUGCCAGCACUACUUCUUAUCAAAGGACUAAACUUACAAAAGAGAAAAAAAUAAACACUGUGUGUGCGUUGCGGGCGGCCAGUUUUCCUCCCGCGAAUCGGACCACAUUCGAGCAACGAAUCAUUUCCAAACGGCCGAUCGGUGGAGAGCUGGUCGCGCGCGCCGGCAAGACGAAAAAUUGUGGGUUUACGAAGCAUAUCUGAAAAAUAAAUUUGAAUGACUGUCACUGGAUAUUGCGAGUGCGUGUCACUCUCGGAGUAAAAGAAACAGUAUCGUGUACAAAAGUGAGCGAGGAAUCAGCGCAGGCACGAAGAGCAAGAGAGCGAGGAAAACACCGAAGAUUAAUAUCCAGCUAGGAGUUAAGCCAAAAUGAGUGUGUGCGUGUGUCCGUCGUGUACAACUCUCUCAUCCACUUGAAAACGCUCUUUGUUAAUUUCAGUUUUGUAAUCUUCUCAGCCGACGCAAUGAUUCUAGCGGUUGUUGUGCGGCAAACGAGAGCGCGAGCGAGUUGUAAUAUUGUAUUGAUUGAAGAAUUAUUAUAACUAUAUCAUUAUCAUGCUGCCCGCAAAGACGAGAAACCAGAAUAAUAAUUUUUGGAUGAAAAUUGAGAAAUUAAUCCGGGUCACGCGCCCUGACACUGUUUGUGCUUGUAACGAUUAAUAGGAAUAAAUUCCUCAUUGAAACUGCAA